UUGGCUGGUUGGGAAGUGGGGAGAGACAGGGAGAGACGUCAGCCGCAGGGAGAGACAGGGCGACAUGGCAGACAAGACGCUCUGGUGUGCACAUGUCCAGGACGGCGAGGAGAGAUUGAAAGAUGGCGGCGUUUCCUCUAUAUCCUCAGUGGAGCAGCCGUUGCUGUCCACCUCCGAGUCAAGGACGUCAUCAUCCACCUGCGCUUCCUCUGCUUCCUUCACUUCCACAGGAUCGUCCACAUCCUCUUCUGGCCAAGGUGGAGAAGAGUGUGGGUGCCAUGCUGAACUGCUUCCUGAGCCUAGGCAAGCAUGAGAGCAAGCAGCCGGUGCUUGAGCGGGAGAGCCACAUCGCCUACCUGCGGCGUGGCCUGAAGCACCUGCCAGAGGGAUUUGUGAGUCUGGAUGCCAGCCGGCCCUGGUUGGUGUACUGGGCUGUGCACGCCCUGGAGAUCCUUGAUGCUAGGCUGACGGAUGCUGAGGCUUCUGCUGUGGUGGACUUCCUGAAGCACUGUCAGAACCCCAGUGGCGGCUUUGGCGGCGGGCCUGGCCAGUACUCCCACCUGGCACCUACCUAUGCUGCUGUGAAUGCCCUAGUCAUCAUUGGCACCAAGGAUGCUUAUGAUGCCAUCAACAGAAGGCGUAUGGUUCUGAUGGAAUCCCCUACCCUCCUCUGCAACUCCUGUUGUAUAACCUUCCUCAGAGACACACUCCAGGAUUUCUUGUGGAGCCUGCGCACAGAGGAAGCGUCAUUCCGGAUGCAUGAGGGAGGUGAGGUGGACAUUCGAGGAGUGUACUGUGCUGUGUCAGUGGCACGGCUCACCAAUGUCUCCACUGAGGGACUCUUUGCCAACACACCCCACUGGAUCAUGAGGUGUCAGUCGUAUGAGGGCGGGUUCAGUGGGACACCGGGUAUGGAGGCUCAUGGAGGUUACACCUUUUGUGGCCUGGCUGCUCUCACACUGCUGCACGCCCACCACCUCUGUGACACUCCCUCUCUCCUGAGAUGGGCAGUGAAUCGGCAGAUGCGAUUUGAGGGAGGCUUCCAGGGGCGGACCAACAAGCUGGUGGACGGCUGCUACUCCUUCUGGCAGGGUGGCCUCUUUCCCAUCCUGCACACACUGCUAGCACAGGAAGACGCCCAGAAUCUGAGUGCUGAGCAUUGGAUGUUCAGCCAGGAGGCGCUGCAGGAGUAUCUGCUGAUAUGCUGUCAGCACUCCCGAGGCGGACUCAUCGACAAGCCUGGGAAGGGCCCCGACUUCUACCACACAUGCUACACACUGAGUGGCAUGUCAGUAGCUCAACACUUUACCACCACAGCAAUACACAAGAAGUGUAUCGUCGGCCAUCCUUCUAAUGAACUGGUCCCAGUGCACGCACUGUACAACGUAGGGGUGGAGGCAGCCGUCAUGGCCUCCCAGUAUUUCAACAACUUACCUGUGCCUCAGUCAAGGUCACGCAAGGCUGCAGAGGACAGUGGAUGUUGUCAACAGGAGAAAGUUCAAACUUAAAGAUUAUUAUUAGUCUUAAGAUAUUAUUAGAUGUCAUUUAUUUGUAUAUAUUUUUGAGAAGGAAAGACUGUCAGGGGUUGAAAGGUACUGAUCAUUCUUUUACAAAGUGCACUUUAUUCCUAAUUAAGUAAGCAUCUGUCUCUUAAAACCCCAAAUUCUGAACACAGAACAUUUUAAAAAGAUGAAGUCUUACAGAAUACAUCCAGCAUUUACCAAGGCAGUGUUAGGAGAGUGCUUAAUUUGUGUGUUCACAAGUGCAACUUUCAUGAAAGAAGUAAUAUUGUUAAUCCAAAGAUAAGAAAAUGAGUCUGAAUGUCAUGGUUGAGUCAUCAAGAAAUUAGUCUUUGUUUUUAAAAAUGUUCAGUGCCAUAGAUACAAACAGUUUUGUGAUGCACACAGCAUUCUGGUGCAGUGGUGCAGCACCAGUGGCUCAUCUACUGCUGCACCAGAACUGUUCCCGAGCUUCCAUUGCCAGGAUGUGCUGGAUCUUGCUUCACUCGGCACAAGCACCUCAGCUCUGUUCACCAAGUGUUUCCUUCCUUUAGAUUGUUCACUCAGGAACUAAGGAGGGUUUGUGCACCACUGUGCUUGCCAAUGCUGCAAGGUGCUUAUAUCAGAUUGUUCCCGUCUUUUUACACAGUCUUAAUCUGCUUCACUGACCAUGACACUAGGUCUAGAUCAUCAGUGGAUUCUUUGUAAUAUAAUAUUGUAUUACAGCAUUGUUUGAACUGUGUACCAGUGUAAGCUAAAUCAACUGGUGUUCAAAUACUAUGUUGGGAACUGCUAACACCAAGCUGCCUUGUUGAGUAGCAUCAGUGAAAGACCUCGACAAGACAAGAGAGGAAUGUGAGGAAGUAAUUUGUAAGAGUAUGGGUGUGAAUGCAAGUGUGAGUGUGUUGCAUAGCUAUGUGCUGGCACCCUCCAGGCAGUGAUGGUGCCAGCACUGUGUGAAUGGUACUAUCACUUUGGCUGCUAGUGCCACCACUUUUUGAGUAUAAAAAUAUGGGAAGAUGAUCCAUUUGGAAUGCUCAAAAUGGCUGAGCUACAGGUAGUGAAAAGGUAAUUUCUUAUCUCCAGUUGUCUCCCCCCCCACUCUCUCAAUUAUCUUGACUCAUUUCUAUUUCUUCCUUUAUUUUGUGUGUGUGUGUGUGUGUGUGUGUGUUGACUGCAGAAUCCUCUCUUCACACACACACACACAGUCUCACUGGGGAAAAAACCACACACACACACACACAGAGAGAGAGAGAGAGAGACCAUGGGGGGAGCAUGACUUUUGAUUCCUUCACAGUUUUGUAAUGGUCCGUCCACACUAGCGGGCAAAGCACGGCGGGCUUUGCCCGUCACGGGCAAAACCCGCCGUGCUCACAGAAACCGAUGUCCACACAGCAACGCUUGCCUGUUUCAGUCAGAGGCAAGCACCCGUACAACCAGGCAGCGGAUCUAUGUAUCCGAAGUACUGCAUGCCUAGACUACUGAUUCUGGCCUGACAGAGAGGUAGACAUCAUUGGCAGUCAUGGACAUAAAGCCAACAUUGUAACCUCAUAUGCCUGGCAGUGGCGCACUGCAGGGCCUGGCGAGAUCAGUGUCCGUGAAACUUGUCUACAAACAAGCAGUUUGCUCGUCUGCAGCCGGGCAAAGGUGGAGAAAAUGUUGCUGGGCAAACGCUUCUCUUCUGCCCGCUAGUGUAGACGGAUCUUUAGGACGUACAUGGCCUUUAAAGUUGGGCAUUACAUGAUGUUUGUAUGGAUUUUGUAGCAGCAAGACUUGUCAUCAAAAGUAACUAAGAAACAAACUUGUGGUGAUAUUUAUUUCAAACAUCUGCAGUAAUACAUCAGUAUUGGUUAUACAUAUGAAUAACAUCAAGAAUUGUAACUACAUUUUCUAUAUUAAUUUAUAACAGUGAGGUGACUUAAUAAUUUCUCUGAAAUGUAUGGUUUAUAUUUGAAUUUUUAAUGUCUACCAAUGUCAUGCAUGGUGAAGUUCCCCAAACACCAGUUAGUUACCAGGUGUGUGUUGCCAGAGUAACAUUCUGCACGAAAUCACUCUGUAAUCACAGGUAGGGACUGGUGAAGUGUUGUCCUGUAGUGUUAACUUUGUAUCAAAACACCAAAUAGGAUUAUACUACACAA